AUGUUCAGCAAAUUCAAAUCUAAGGAUAAGAAAUCCGAGCCCGUUGUGGAGGUUAAUGACUCCGUCACUUACGUUCCAUUUACGCAACCGGCCCCAGAGUGCCAUAUUACCGAACCGGAACCCUUGGAUGAAGACCAGAAGGAAAAAUAUAACAACGUAUACCAGCAUUUUGCUGCUGAAGACCUCAAGGUUGCCAACAGCGAGGAUGAAUUCAAGAACAAGGAGGUGGACAAAUACACACCCUUGACUAACAGUGAGAGGGCCUGGUUGACCAGAGAGUGCUUCUUGCGGUACUUGAGGGCUACCAAGUGGAAUGAAAAGGAAGCCAUUGAAAGGUUGGCUUUGACGCUUGCAUGGAGACGACUGUUUGGUAUUUCUGGAUUUCUAGAUGUAGACAACGAGGUGAACGGAACACUCUGCUCACCUGAGAAUGAGACAGGAAAAGAGGUGAUUUUAGGAUUCGAUAACGACUCUAGACCAUGCCUCUACUUAAAGCCGGGAAGGCAAAAUACCAAGACAAGUCAAAGACAGGUGCAACAUUUGGUUUAUAUGCUUGAAAAGGUGAUUGACUUCAUGCCAAGCGGACAAGAUUCAUUGGCAUUACUAAUCGACUUCAAGCACCUGCCUGAAGGAACAGUUUCCAACAAAAUUCCGCCAGUUAACAUUGGAAGGCAGGUGUUGCACAUUUUGCAGACUCAUUACCCAGAGAGACUCGGAAAAGCACUUUUGACGAAUAUCCCAUUGUUGGCAUGGACCUUCUUGAAGAUCAUCCACCCAUUCAUUGACCCACUUACUAGAGAGAAAUUGGUUUUCGACCAACCAUUCCCUCACUACGUACCGGUGUCGCAGUUGGAUAAGGACUUCGGUGGUAAAGUGGACUUCAAGUAUGACCACGCCCAGUACUGGCAUGAGAUGAUCAGCAUGGCAGAGGAAAAGAAGCGCAAGUACAUCAAACGGUUCGAGACUUUUGGCUCGAAGGUGGGAUUGUCAGAGGUUGAUUUGCGUGGUGACCACGAAGAGUUGAAGUAUCCUGUUGCGUAA